AAAUAAUAAAAGAAAGGAAAUCGGAUGGGAUGGGAUGGGUUUUGUCAAUCUGUGGAAAUCCAAAGCACUGGACCAUGCGAUAAUAAAUUCUGAUGCAUAUCACCAAAUACAAUGCCGACCGCUUCAAAGAAGAUGUGAAUGUGCCACCAGAGCGACAAGGUAUCGUGUCUCAUCACAUUUGUUUAAUGCCGAAAGAUAUCAGCUUGGAAUGUGAUCAUGUCAUUCUGAAAAGUUCACUUUUAUUCAUCAUAAACCGGUACAGUUUGGCCGUGAACAAGCGAACGGAUGCGUUACAGCCCAGGUAUCAGUUGCAUCGAUUAAUUAUUCCUUCCUGAAUGGAUGCACUCCAUCCCCAAUCAUACCGCCAGGGCCGCUCAUAUCAUAUCACGCCGAUCGACAGUCUGGCUUCACUGUUAGUGCGCUCCAGAUUAACAUUUUCCUCGCCUGCACGGACAAAUUUAUUAGUAUCAGUGAAUGGUGACCUUUACAUUUUCAUAGACUGCAAUGGGCUAGAGCGACAGAUAGAAUAAUUAUCUCCAAGAAAUCUCUAUCGUACAGGAUGAAAUCAGUGUUUUCUUAUUGUCCGACCGUGGCGCUGCUGGCCAAGGUCGCUUGGUUGCGGCUACUGUGUUGGUGUUUGUGGAUGCGGGUGACAGAGGCAUGGGUGCCGUUCAGUGAUCCGGCGGCCGGGAUGAUGACCGGUGCCAAUCCCUACGGCGGGCAUCCUUUCGCUGAUCCCGGCGCGGGGGCCGCCGGGCCUGGGGAGUUCGGUUUGGCCGGUGCAGCGAGCAAUCCGUUUGGGAAUUUUCUCCCGAAUUACAAUGCGUAUCGCGGCGGGUCCAGCGGUGCUAUUGGUUCGAUAUGUUAUUGUGAUGUGCGUAUAAACAAGAUGGGCGCUCCCGGUGAACUCCUAUUCAAACUGCACUAUCCCACGAUUAACGGUCAAAAUUGCCAGGCAGCCAUUCAGCAGUGCAAUAACGCCUGCCGAUCACAGGCGCAGCGCCAAUUGACCGGCAAUGUUUUAUUUGAGGAAGGUGGGCUGGAAAACGUAGUGCCGGAAAAAGAGGUUUCCGUUGGCACUGUUUUAUGCAAAGAGCAUAACAAGGUCAUCGCCCCGCCCGGCGUCAUCGCCUCCGUCUUCGCCAAACCGGACGCUUGCGGGCGGGCCACCGCCAUGUAUGACUUGACGGGCGAAGAAACCCGUCUGUGCUGCACCCACAUUGCUCAUCCCUACAUCCGCACCGAGCAUAUCCUGGUCUUCAGUCCCGAAUGUAUAGCCGGUGCGGCAGCGCCGGCUGCAGCCACCACCGCCGCGCCGGCUGCCAAUGCCGCCGCCGGCGGGGCCAACGGCGCAGUCCAAGCCAACCCCAUGAUGAACAGCGGCGGGAUGGGCGUGCCGGCGCAAGCUCCUGAACCGGUGCCGUACAACCAGGCACCAUCAAUGGCCAUGCAGCUGCCACACUUCCGGCACUAUGCGCAUGCGGCGGCAGCCGCGGCCGUCGAUCCUAUGAACGCCAUGAUGCUCAACGCGGCUUUUGGCUAAAUAUAUAAAUAGUAGUUUGUUACAAAAUACUGUACACUAGCCGAUGUUCACUCUUUUUGUAAUAUUUACUUUGGCACACACUAAUUGAUAAUGUGUAUAACUGACUGGGAUUAUCUUUCUUUGUUAGCUGUAGACAUCAGA